AUGGCAAAACCAAAAUUUCAAGGUAAAGCAGUUUCUGAAAAAAAAGAUAUUUUCCUUCAUAAUCAGUUUUCUAAGAAAUUUGGAGAUCUUAAAUAUUUUAGAGAAAUUAUAAGAGAUGGAAAUUGCCUUUAUAUCAGUCUAUCAGUACAAAUUAUUACUUUUGCACGCGAAAAUUCUUCAUUUUCAAGUGAGUGGAUUUCCUUUACAGACAGAGUUAAAAACUAUUUGACAAAUUUAAAUAUUGAUGAAGUUGUGUAUAUUAAUAAUAUAGAAGCAUUUAAUGAUAUUAUUAACAGUGAUGAGAAACUAGAAGAUGUAUGUCUGGAGAGGUGGUAUGAAAUUAUUUAUUUAAUACGUCUUGCCAUUUCAGCACAAAUGAGAAUAAAUUCUGAGUUAUAUCAGCCUUAUAUCCCCGAUAUGACGGUAGAAACAUAUUGUAAAAAAUUUAUAGAACCUUUUUACAUUGAAGCUGGGUAUCUUGAGAUUUGUGCUCUAGUUGAAAUUUUACCCCUUUCUAUAGAAGUUAUUGAUAUUCAAGAGAAUAACGAAAAUUGCAGUAGAUUAUACGGAAUGUAUGAGCAAAAAAUAACAAUAUUACACACACCUAAUCACUUUGAACCUGUUUACUACAAGUAA